UCCUGAUAAAAGACCAACUGUUGAUCAAAUACUUGCUGAACCUACUGUAAAAGAGGUUUGGCGAAGAAGAAAGUGGUUACAUUACUACAGCUGGAUGAGUUCCCAUGCUUCAAAGAUAUAUCAGUGGUUGAGUGUGAUUGUAAUAUGGAUCGUCUUCUUAAUUAUUUGGCCAAUGAAACCAUUAAAGCGUUUGUGGUCUUCUGCUGAAGAAUCAUCACCAAGUCAUGAUGUUUCGAUUCAUUCUGAUUCCAGUUCUUUGUUUUCUUUAGAAGAUUCCCACAAUGUAUCACAUGACAGUCUACACACACCUGACAGAUCAAGUAGCGGAUCAGCAGUAUUUGAUGAUUCAUUUGCUGAUCCUAUUCCUAGACCACCCUGGCACAAGAAUGGUUAUUGUACAUCACCAACUGUUAUGAAUGGCCGUAUACCUACCCCAACAUCUCAUACUAAAGUAUACAGACAAUCUUUGUCACCAGCAAUCAACCCAAUCAAUGGAAGAUUGACGCCCCCUCUUGAAAAAAAUAGUCCAAGCAGGGGACAGUACACCCCUCCAUCUGAAGGCAGAAAAAAAAGAUUAUUUGAAGAUGACGGUAUUACAGCUAAAGUGGGUGUUAAAAAAAAGAACCUGCUGGAUGUCUUUGAAGAUGCUAAAAAAAGAAAGAUCAUUGAUGGCAUUGCAUGA